AUGGAUACGGGAAAAUGCAGUGAAAAUAUGUAAUUCAGCACAUUUUCAAUGUUUUAACAAUUGCGAUGAGGGAAAGAAAGUAUGAGAGGGUGGAUUUUAUCUUGUGCCACUGCGGAGUUCGGGCCGUUAUUUUGAGAGAAAUGCGGAGUCUUUUUCCCCAUAGGUGUUAACGCAGAAAAUACAAGAUGAAGAAGCAAUUCAACCGAAUGCGACAGCUCGCCAACCAAACGGUGGGCAGGGCAGAAAAAACUGAAGUGUUAAGCGACGAUCUUCUGCAGGUGGAGAAGCGGUUGGACCUGGUCAAACAGGUGACCCACAGCACUCACAAGAAGCUGACGGCCUGCCUGCAGGGUCAGCAAGGGGCUGAAGAGAGAGAGAAGAAAUCAGUCAAGUCUCCCUCGAAAAAGCUCCCACUAACCAUCCUGGCACAAUGUAUGGUAGAAGGAGCUGCUGUGCUGGGGGACGACUCUCUACUAGGGAAGAUGCUGAACCUGUGUGGGGAGACAGAGGAGAAGCUGGCCCAGGAACUGAUUCAGUUUGAGUUCCAGAUAGAGAAGGAUGUGGUGGAGCCUCUCUAUGAGCUGGCUGAGGUGGACAUUCCCAACAUCCAGAAACAGAGGAAACAUUUAGCCAAGCUGGUGCUGGACAUGGACUCAGCUCGCACACGGUUUCACCAGUCGUCCAAGUCCUCCAGUCACCCUAGCAACCUGCAGGCGGGCGGGGCCAAGGGGGAGGCCCUCAGAGAGGAGAUGGAAGAGGCAGCCAAUAGGAUGGAGAUCUGCAGGGAUCAACUAUCAGCGGAUAUGUAUAAUUUUGUGGCCAAAGAAAUAGACUAUGCAAACUACUUUCAGACGCUCAUAGAGAUCCAGGCAGAAUAUCACAGGAAGUCUCUAGAGAUCCUCCAGAGUGUCCUGCCCACCAUUAAAGCUCACCAGGAGGCGUGGGUGGAGAAGCCUUCGUAUGGCAAGGCCCUGGAGGAACACCUGACCAUCAGCAGCAGAGAGAUCGCCUUCCCCAUCGAGGCCUGUGUCACAAUGCUGCUGGAGUGUGGUAUGCAGGAGGAGGGUCUGUUCAGAGUGGCUCCCUCGGCCUCCAAGCUGAAGAAGCUGAAGGCCUCCCUGGACUGUGGUGUGAUGGACGUACAGGAGUAUUCAGCUGACCCUCACGCCAUCGCAGGGGCUCUGAAAUCAUACCUCCGUGAGCUUCCAGAGCCACUGAUGACCAGUGAACUUUACGAGGACUGGAUUCAGGCGUCAAAUAUUCAGGAUAUGGACAAGAGACUACAAGCUCUGCUGGCGGCGUGUGAAAAACUACCAACUGACAACUUCAACAAUUUCAGAUACUUAAUCAAGUUCCUAGCCAAGCUAGGAGAUGAUCAGGACUCCAACAAGAUGACUCCUGGUAACAUGGCCAUAGUGCUGGGUCCCAACCUGCUCUGGACUCACUCCAACGAGAGUGGGAACGUGACAGAGAUGAUGACCACAGUGUCUCUUCAGAUUGUGGGGAUCAUAGAACCCAUCAUACAGCACGCUGACUGGUUCUUCCCUGGAGAUAUUGAGUUUAAUCUGACAGGCUGCUACGGCAGUCCCGUCCACACCAACCACAACUCAAACUACAGCUCCAUGCCUUCGCCAGACAUGGACCAAUCAGAACGCAAGCUGCCGCACGACCAUGGCAGACGCCCACUCAGCGUUGCCACUGACAACAUGAUGCUGGAAUUCUACAAGAAGGAUGGCAGCAUAAGGAAAAUACAAAGUAUGGGUGUCCGGGUGAUGGACACAUCCUGGGUGUCCCGUAAGGGUUCGUCCACCCUGGCCCGUAAGGCCUCGUCCACCCCUCCCAGUGUCCAGGGUCCUGGCUCCCCUGCUGACCACUCCCUCAUCCUGGAGCAGCCUGGAGAGCUGGCCCAGUCCCCCUCACCCCCACCUCAACCUGGGGAAAGGGACCGGAUCGGCUCAGACGACGCGUCGCCCAAUCGGCCGGACUCCUCUCAUGUCUACCCUCCCCCCGGGCCAGGGGAGGUGCGGCCGCCCCCUCCCUACCCCACCUCCACCCUACCCCACCCCGCCCCCCACCACUUCUACCCCCACCCCAAGGUCCUACCCUGUCCUCGCCCCGUGGCCCCAGGGCCAGAGUCCCAGCCCCCCGGCUCCCCUCCUCUCCCGCUGCGAUGGUCUGGCUUCACCCCCCCUCUCCCGCCUCCCACCUCCUCCUCUUCCUCCUCCUCUUCCUCGCUUGACAUCAACUCCAACCCCAAACCCAGCUGCCUGCAUUUCCCCUCCAAACACGGCCUCCCGCACGGCCACCCGCUGCCAGGUGACAUGUCGCUGCCGCCUCAUGCUCCCCUGCCCCCCGAUAUGUGUAAGGCCUCGCCCCUCUACAUGAAAACCCCCCUGGUACUGGCCCGUCAUGACCUGUCCCUGGGCAUGAGCAUGGGCAACCCCCCUAGCCUGCUGUCCUCCGCCCCCCCGCUGUGGGCUACAUGUCCCUGUGCCAGAGAGAGAGGACUCCCCAGGCUGACUAGUACACUGAGGAGUAAGGAGAGCUCUCCAGUGAUUGGUCACAAGGGGGUGCAGGUGGCAGGUCCGACGGUGCCCCCUGGUGUUGGCCAGCAGAGCUGCAGCCAGUCGCCCCACUCCACAGAACACAGCCCACACACCAUGCGCCAAGGCUCUAAGAAGCUGGCCCCUAUCCCUCCAAAGGUUCCAGCUGGGUACGGCCAGUCGAGUGGUUCUGGUGGGAUUUCGGACCAGUCCACAGGUCAGCCGUCGCCAGUCAGCCUGUCCCCCACUCCCCCGAGCACCCCCUCCCCCUAUGGACUGGCCGGUCCCCCACAGGCCCCUGGAGGACUAGGAGCCUCCUCCCCCGGUCAGACCCCUCUCUGUGGCUCCCUAGGGUCCCUGGGGUCCCUGUCCUCCCCCCCUUCUCUGACCGGCACGCUGGGCAAGUCUCGGCCCACCCCUAAGCCCCGGCAGAGGCCCAGCCUGCCCCCUCCUCAGCCGCCCACCGUCCCUCAGCCGGGGGCCACCCCUGUUGGCCCUGGGCCCCUGGAGCAGGGCACCCUGGACGGACUGUCCCCCGGGGAGAGCAUGUCCACAGAUUACUUCAAUUAUGAAAUCCCCUCCAUCAAUGUGAACCUGGACAGCCUCAUCGACGAGUUCAGCGGUGCUGCCCCCUGCAGGCGCUACGGAGCGGUGACACACUCUCCUCCCCCGGGGAGAGACGAAAACCCAGACCACGACCCCUACGCCGUGCCUGAGGACGACGAACCCCAGGACACCACCUUAUGACAUCAUUACCCUGAGACAGCCCGAUGAUGUGACAUCAUGAGAGCUCGCCCGAGGCUGGCACAGUGGCGCUCCUACAUCCAGCUAGCUGUACAUACUGUUAGACUGUAAUGCUCGCUCACACCGCACUGCCACGACGCUCCCAGACAAAACAAACAAACAAGGCUUCUUCUUAUACACCACAAUGCUCAACUGACCUUUGACCUGAAACUCCAGGACUGAACCAUGACCUCUGACCUGGAACUCCAGGACUGAACCAUGACCUCUGACCUGGAACUCCAGGACUGAACCUUGACCUCUGACCUGGAACUCCAGGACUGAAUCCCCCCCCCCUCACAUUAUGCUAUACCUGCAGGCUGCAAGCAAAACUCAUCUCUUAGAAAUACUACGCAAAUAGUAAUGUAAAGUCAAUGUGAGGAAACAAUAACACACCACAUGCCAUAUAGAGGAGGACCAGUUGCCUUUGGAAGGAAGAAGACAUAUGGAUUAUAUGGAGGAGUAUUAAUGCUAUGUUCAGUAUUAUGUUUUAUUUUUGCUUUGUGGGAUACUACAGUUUUUUCCUCUCUUUGAAACAGUGAUCAGUAUUUUUUGUGACUUUUUAAGUAUUUUUUUUGCCUUAUAUGAAAAGCCUGCACUUAAAUUGCAAUACAUGCAUCGCAUACUCACAAAUACUUUGCCCUGACCCUAAAGGAAGGAAACUCGUAACCUGACUGGUUGGGUAGAUGUGUGGGUGAAGUGGGUCUGAUUGGUUGGGUAGAUGUGUGGGUAAAGUGGGUCUGACUGUGGGUAAAGUGGGUCUGACUGGUUGUGUAGAUGUGUGGGUAAAGUGGGUCUGAUUGGUUGGGUAGAUGUGUGGGUAAAGUGGGUCUGACUGUGGGUAAAGUGGGUCUGAUUGGUUGUGUAGAUGUGUGGGUAAAAUGGGUCUGACUGGUUGUGUAGAUGUGUGGGUAAAGUGGGUCUGACUGGUUGGGUAGAUGUGUGGGUAAAGUGGGUCUGAUUGGUUGGGUAGAUGUGUGGGUAAAGUGGGUCUGACUGGUUGUGUAGAUGUGUGGUUAGUGGGUCUUCAGGGUCAUUGUGUGUAGUGUACUGUAUUCCUAACAGGGUAAUAUGAUAAGAUAGUUAUUAGUCCUAGUUUUCUGCACACUAUAGAGAUGAUGAUGAACAGAGUCUAUUGAAUAAUGCAGUAUGAAAUGCAUAACUAACCCUAUUCUGUGAAGGGUUUGGGUCCAUUCCAUUUCAAUUCAGUCAAUUUAGGAAGCAAACUGUUUACUUUCUGAAUGACUGAAUUGAAAUGGAAUGGACCCCAACCCUGAUGUCUGUGUCACCCCUGGCCCCAGUCCCUAUUCUUCCCAUGUCUAUCCCAUGUACACAUAUCUGCAUUGAUACACAGUUAGGAGACAUCGGUAGGACUGCUUUGUAAGUAGCAAUAAUGUAUUUGUACAGGGUUAAAGAUGAAUUCAUGCACAUAUUUUCACCAGCACAGUAUUAGAAUGUCUUUGGAAUAGAACUCAGUAUAUUGUUGCUGUUCUCAGAAGGGGUUUUCAACUAUCAAACUGUAUCGUUAGACAAUAAUGAUGAACAUGAAAUAUGUUUUCGAGUUGGGUCCAGAAUACUAACUAGCCAUU